CUGCGCAGCAUCUCGCGACCGCCGAACCAAGAUCACAUCUCGCGAAAAGUAAUGAUUAUUUUGGUCCACAUAGCUUAGUUCCGCAUACUCCCGCCGCGGCGCUGUACUAGGAUAGGACGUUAUGUACCUUGUUAUAGACUUAAAACGUAUUAUCAAUGGUGUAAAUUGAAAAAUUGCUUAUGUGUACCCCGGAUUGAGCUCCUAAAGUGUUGUGGAAUUGAUACGUGUGGUUAUUGCGACAAUAGUUACAUUCGCGGUCAGUGAAAACGUUUAUAGUGCGUGUUCGUCGUGAGGUCGUCCAUUUGUCUUGCUUUUGAUGUGCGGGUGGGCCCUUCUGGCUCACCACCACCAGUGUUAGUGAUGACGGUAUAAUUGUGAUGAACCUUACGUACAGAUCAUGUUACAUUCGGACUGUAACUUUAUAUCGACCGCUACUAGUUCGACACUCUCUGUGCUAUCGGUUCGCGAGAGGUCGGAAUCGCUCUAUUAAGAACACGGCGCAUUUAUCGACUUCAAACCUUUUGUUAUGAAUAUAAUCAACCGUAACUGUGCGAGAUCUCGAAAUGUGGAAUAUUUCGAAACUUGCUUCCGUGGGGAGCGAGCGAUUUUAUAUCUAAAAGUCGCUAGCGCUACCUAAUGGCGUUUGGAAAGUUUAUUAUCAUACUAGUUGUCGUCGUGUCGUUCGCUUUGAGCGAUCAUGAAAUCAAAGCAGAAAGUAAAGCGAAGAAAACCGUGGAGGCGGAGAAGGAACAAAGGGCGAGGUCCGCAAACGCGAGCCCUAACCGCGGCUCCCUCCAAAAGCUGUCAGCUAUGAUGAACAGAACAGACGACCGGAGGAAAUCGAGGAAAAACCAGAAUCUGAACAAAAUACUCCAAAUGACAAGGAACCACGAUAACAUGAUGAACGACAACGAGGGAUCGCUCACGAUUAACCAGAAAGCGGUUGCGGUCAACGACACCAAUUCUUUGACGGACAAAAUUAAGUUUUUACGCCGCGAAGGACCCACAUACGAAGCUGUCAAUAAGAAUAAUUAUUUCUCGCAAGCAACCGGCGUGUAUUGUAAUUUUGAAAAUGGCACUAACGGGUCGUUAUUCGACAUUUGCAUGUGGCAAUGGAACAGCACGGUGUCCAAACACGGUUUGGGCUUCAAAGUGGUGACGACUGAUGAUGUCAGGAUAAUGAAUGAGACCACGAGAGGUUUAAAGUUUUCGGGGCCAAAGUCAGAUGCUGAUGGGAACAUCCAAGGCCACUUCCUCUACCUCCCCGUGGACCCCACAAUGGAGAAUAUGGUGAUCAAGUCGCCACCUUUUCGGGGUCUCUGGGAAUUUUGUAAGUUCGAGGCCAAACUCCACCAGAGCAAGAUGCAGAACGCCAGCAUCAAGCUGAUCUCCGAGACCACGGAUAUCCAGUGGGUCCUCCAGGAGAUCACCGGGAAUAACCUUGAAGUGUGGUACCCCAUGCAACUAAUGGUCGGCAAGGUUCAGCAAGAGGUGCGCAUAGUCAUAGAGAUAACGCGACCAAGUUACGUGAGCUUGUCUCAGCCGCUGCCGCACAUAGCAAUUGACGACAUCCGAAUGGUGGAAUGUUUACCUGAACCACCUGUUUUCAACGGGGAGUGCCAGGUCGGGCAGCUCAAGUGUUAUAUUAUGAAGAGGGAGUCUUGCAUCAAGCUGCAACAAGUAUGCGACUUGGUGAAGGACUGUGAUGAUGGCAGCGAUGAGCACCAGAAUUGUGAUAAAAUGCCGUCUGGAUCAUAUUGCAACUUCGAGCAGGACAACUGUGGUUUUGAAGAUAUUCCACAACCAAUCCUGAAAUGGUCUCGGCACAGCGGCCCGACCCCCACAGACAAAACUGGCCCAAACUACGACCACACAUGCGGCCCACAAGACCCCCACCCUACCCAAAUCGUCCCUCCUUUGUCCCCCUCUCACAUGAACUUCAGCCUAACACACUGCCUCGGUUACUACUUCUACGUGAACAUGAAUGUAACCGGGCCGAAUAAGGAGAGGGCUGAUUUUGCGUCCACAGCUAUCAUGAAGACGGUCGUCUUCAAUCCACCGCCUAAAGUGCACGGAAACAUCUCGUCAAGUUACUAUAACUGUUGCAUGAUUCGUUUUUACUACCAACAAAAUGGCCGCAACUACGGCUCGAUGAGUGUGGACGUCGUCGAGCUGACGUCUCGAGGGAACAUCUCCACCUCUCUCUGGUUCUCGACCAAAGACAAGGGAGAGAAUUGGUAUAGAGCUGCGAUAUUUCUGCCUAAUAUCACUAGAAGAUAUUAUCUUCAAUUUAAGACUCGAAUGGGCAUGCGCAUUUACUCUGACUCGGCUAUCGAUGACUUCUCUAUGGCACCCGAGUGUUUCGGCCUCAACAUAGAUCCAGCAGAGUUGGGAGACUAUAACUAUUACGACCCAGUCUUCGAGGAGAAGACCACACCUCAUCCAGCGUUCUCUGAUGAGAUAUAUUAUCGUUUCUCCACCUGCGGCGCCACGGGUCGCUUCGGCCCGAACCAGUCCAUGUGUGACGUAGCCUACAACAACACUCCUGUCGCCGUCAACGUUAUCAAAGAUCCUCCUUACCAGGGCAUUCAAGUGUGGAAGGUGCCCAGUGAAGGACUGUACACGAUAAUAGCAACGGGCGCGUCUGGAGGACUAGGGUCCGCCUGGACGGGAGUCUCACAUGGCGCCCAAGCAAGAGGACUAUUCGAAUUGCAUCAUUCUGAGCAGAUCUACAUGCUGAUUGGGCAACAAGGGCUAAACGCUUGUAAAAAGACGCUCUCGGCCCAAGAAAGCCAGGAAUGUUCUCGAAAGCAGAACGACUCGCUUCAGAUCUUCACCAGCAAAACUCAUGAAGUGAGGAACACACAGGUCAUCGACGGCGGAGGGGGCGGGGGCGGGGCUACUUAUGUGUUCUUGCUGGACAAAGACGGGAUAGCCCACCCCCUGCUAGUCGCUGGCGGUGGGGGCGGUAUAUCUGUGGGGAUCUUCAAGAACGACGGCUCACAACACGCCCGAACUCACACCAAUGCCACUCCAGAAUCAGGAUAUAUGUACGGGAAGCCUGGAAGGACUUCAGGGGCUGGCGGCGGUUGGGUGGGCCGCUCGGGCCCAACGACGCCUGGCUUCGAACUGGUCCGCGGGGCGGCGGUGAGGGAGGGGGGCGCGGGGGGCGCCGCGUGCGUCGGCGGCGCGCACGGCGGCUUCGGGGGAGGGGGCGGCGGCUGUCUGAGGGGUGGGGGGGGAGGCGGGUGGCUUGGUGGUAACACAGUGGAGAGUGAGGGACAGCACGGCGGAGGCGGCUGGUCGCACAUCGACAGCGCCCGGGCUAUAAAAGAUUAUAGUGACGUUACUGUCGCACAGAAAACUGGUCCCGGAGAAGUCUUCAUUAUACCCGCUUUGCAUGACUGCGGUUGUGACUACCGCUGUGUUGCUAUCAACGAACACAGGAGCGAGGUCAAGUGCUACUGCCCUUCCAAAUGGAAGAGCGAUGCUCACGACGCUACCAAGUGUAUACUGGAAGACGCGUGGCAGCACCUCUCCUGGCUGGUGGUCGUGCUCUCCAUCGCAGUUUUCGUAUGUGCGCUGGCUGUCAUAUGCGUGUGUCUGUAUUUGUACAACACAUACCAGCGUAAGAAGGAAGCAGAACUUCGCCAGAAACGUCUUCUAGAACAAGAGGUCCAGCUUCACCGUCUUCGAACGGCCCCUGGAGGCAAUGACAACGCUCUUAGCAUGGCUUUCAACCCUCACUAUGGAAGCGAGAGUUUCCUGCCACAGGGAAUUGAUGUGAGGGGGUUACCGCAAGUCUCCAGAGAAAGCCUGAAGCUUGUCAAAGCUCUGGGGCAAGGCGCGUUCGGCGAGGUCUACCAGGGACUGUACCGGCACCGGACCGGAGACACGGUAGAAAUGCCGGUCGCCGUCAAAACUCUGCCGGAACUGUCCACCGGUCAAGCUGAAUCGGACUUCUUGAUGGAGGCGGCAAUCAUGGCGAAGUUCAACCAUCCUAAUAUAGUGCAUCUUAUUGGUGUAUGCUUCGAUCGACAUCCGAGGUUCAUAGUCCUGGAGCUCCUAGCUGGUGGUGACCUCAAGAAUUUCCUCCGGGAAAGCAGACCCAAGCCAGAGCGAGCUAGCGCUUUGACUAUGAAGGAUCUGUUGUUAUGUUCCCUGGACGUCUGUAAAGGAUGCCGGUAUUUAGAGGCGAAGAGGUUCAUUCACAGGGACAUAGCGGCGCGCAACUGUCUCCUCACGUCACGUGGGCCAGGCAGGGUUGUCAAGAUCGCAGACUUCGGCAUGGCCCGCGACAUCUACCGCGCUGACUACUACAAAAAAGGGGGAAAAGCCAUGCUACCUAUCAAGUGGAUGCCGCCGGAGGCUUAUAUCGAUGGCAUUUUCACUAUUAAGACUGAUGUUUGGUCGUUCGGAGUGUUACUGUGGGAGGUGUUCUCACUGGGUGUGAUGCCAUACACCGGCUGUGCGAACAGAGAAGUUAUGGAAAUGGUAUCGGGUGGGGGACGCCUCGAGAAACCUUACGGCUGUCCUCAAGAGAUAUACAGACUGAUGUGCGAAUGUUGGAACCCGACGCCAAACGAGCGGCCCGCGUUCGCGCACAUGUUCGACAGACUUCAGAGGUUCUUGCAGGACCCAGAGAUAGUAAGUGCUCCGCUCCCAGUGGUGCGGUCGCUACUCCCCCCGGCCGACCAGCCGCCCGCCAACGGGCCACAGCGAGCGCCGGCCUGCGACUACCUGGUGCCGAUGUCUCCGCAGGACCUUCCUCUACCGGACGCUAGCUCAAUGGAUCAGCUGGUACUUCAUAGCAAACCGCCAACGGCGGCGGACCAACAAGAAACGGAGGAUUCACAAUAUCCACCUCUACUGAAAGCAUCACAAGAAUAUGGCAACAUUCCAAUGGCGUCGAACGGCGCGGGCGCAAGGCGCGCCGAUGUUUCCGCUAUUUCCGCCGCAGAGAAUCGGACCACCACAAAGUUUCUGCAGUCUAAUUCCACAGACAGACUGUUGAGUUCAGUAGAGGGCGCGUCGAUGGAUGAAGAUUCAGGCUCUGAAGUCGACGAUAAUCCUGUUAUUUGGGAGACCUCCUUCACCGAGCAACCAGCCGCUGUCGGCAAACAGAACGGAGAGAGUGGACCUGCUGUCGAUAAACUAAUAAGCAUUACACCGACAUCACCAAAGCCGCCUGAGAACGUUCUAUCAAAAGCAAUAGACGCGACAGUCAUAGAUAAAACUAAUCAUAAAAACACAUUAGUGCCAGAGAGGAAGACUGCACCCAUCGCAUCCCCCGAUCCACCCAGAAUCGCAGCCUGGGCAAACAAAGAACCCCCAAAACUAGCCCCUAAAUUAAAACCCCUAUGUCUAGACGCCGCGCAAUUAGAGCAAAACUUAAACGAAUUAAAAAAAAACAGCGGCUCAGUCAAUUUGAACAAAAUGAACAUACUGCCACCUUACAUUAACGUAGUUACACCUAAUAAACUAUCCGAAUCUAAAACUAUACAGAUAGAUCCGAAGAAAGCUGUCAUAGACGAUCUACAAACUCCAAAAGAAGAAGUUAAAGAGGAAAAGACGAAGUUGAAACAGUCUAAUUCAGCUGCUAGCUUGCUUAAUGGCCCCUUGACUGAUGUCCCUUACGCUGAUAGUGACAACGCGUCUGCGUCAUCGAGUUCGGGAAGUAAUGUACAAAAUCAAAUCAAUAAACAGAAUAACAAUAAAAAGAAUUACUCAGAAGUGGUAAUCGCGAAUGACAGUAUGAGUAAAAGUAUAAAUAAACAGGGUAGCAACGGCGGGGAUAUUGUUGGCGACACAGAAAUAAGCUGUUAAAUUGAUUUUUAUUUUGAUGUACUACUGAUUCUGGAUCGUAACAUGGAAUAUAUAACAUCCUAUUGAUGCUGCAUUAAACGCUUGCUAUAGGUACGUAUUUCAUUUCAUAAAAAUGAAAUAUAAAAGCACAAGUUACACGAAACACAACAAGAUUGUGUUAAAUGCGUCUUUAAUUUAAUGGCUCUAAAAUGUAAUUCUGCAACAAUUUUACAACAAAAAAAAACGCACAAAUUUGCGUAAUUGCAGCGUGCAAGUACAAUCGAAUUUUUAAUCAAAAUGUCAUACCUAUACAAUUUUAAAAGUUAGGUUAUGUGUGCUUAUAAACGAAAAUAUCGACGCCGUCUAUGAAACUGAACAGUCUGUGAAGGGGAAGUGAGUGAUUUACCGCCGCCGUGUAAACGUGACUAUAUUAAUAGUGAAAAUAAUGUUAUUUAAUUUAAGUGUAAAUAUUAAGUUUUAAUAAUUAGAAACUACGUAAGCGUAUUCAUAGGAUAUGAGGACUUUGAUUUUCGAAGUUUGUAUUUUUGUCGGUUGUACAAAAACGUUGUUUUAUUAUAAUGAAUAUUUAAAAAAAAUAGUAGAAAACUUUAUUUUUGUGGUUAUAAAACGAUGGCUUCCUGAACGCUUGUAGUGGAAAAUAGUUGAUUAUUGUUGCUCAAUACGCUCAAAUAUUUUGCAAAAUGUUAGUUAUAUAAUUAGUGAAAUCUGUUAGUUUUUCUACUUGCGAUAGUGGCGCCAAUUUUAUUUGCCAUAAUGUUUUAUAGAUCUCAAAUAAUUUCUGUCUUUUAGUUUUCUAGAUCAUUUCUAUUAUUCUAAAAUAUCAACAAUACUCAUUUAUGGAAAAAAAAAUAGUAAUUUUGUUUACGGACCUUAUAUUUUUAUUUGUGGAGAUUAAAAAACAAAGUAAAAAGUAACAUUAAAAUAAUGUCUUUUAUUUUUCAAUAUUGUAAAAUAAGAUGGGGUUAAAAAAAUCUAUUAAAAUAGAUUCCAUUUCAGUUGAAAGGAUUAGAAAAGUCUCCAGAGCUGUCAAAUAAAUCAUCGACGUAAACAAAAUUUGGCGCCAUUUUCAAGACUCGGUUUCAGAGUUGUAAAUUUUGUAUUCGGCUUCGUAGCAAAAAAUUUUAUUGAUACGUCAGGCAUCGAGAGAAAAUGUACAAUUUUCAAUAUAACUCUAUACAUAUUGAUGAAAACAAACGCACACAGCAAAAUUUAAACAGCUUAUAGAAUAUCUUCGAGUAAAUGUAAGGCAAUCGAACGAAUUAAUGGGAGUUAUUGAAAUUUUCUUUGGCUGGUGUUGUGUCACGUGACCGGUUUUAAUUCAUCUAAAUAUGCUUUUUUUUUUUUUCAAAACUAUUCAAGUAUUUAAAUAGGUACAAACCUAACUUACCUGUAACAUGUUUUGCUUAUUCCAAUUUUUUAAGUUAAUACGUUAUCAUUUUCCAUCAUGAUCCCACCGGGGAUCGAACUCGGGACCUCUCGGUUCAGAGGCAAGAACAAACUGCGCCACCGAGGUUGAGAAGAUAAUACAUUGUUGGAUUUUACGGUAUUCCUUUUCAUUCAAACGUUUACCAAAUCGGUCCCAAGGCAGACUAGUAUAAGUAACAUAUUCUACCAGUUUAUAUCAGUGUUUGAAGAAAUUAAUUUGAAAACAAUUCUACUCCACUUCGUUCCCUGAACGUAUAGACCAGAAAAAAAAAAAAUCUGUAAUGACAAAUGACAGGGUGGUAAUAAAAAUUUUGUUUCUAUUUGCGCUUAAAGAAAUAAGCAGCAUUACGUUUAAAAUAAGAAUAGUGAUUCAAGUUUAUAACCAGUAUUUUAUGUACCAUAAACAAAUGUUGCAUUUGACCCCUAUUAUUUAGAGGGACAAAUCAAACUUUUUUUUUUCUUUUUAAAAAGCACUCGCAACCGAAUCAUAAUUUUAUGAAUUAAAAACAAGCGCGACACACAUCAAGCGUUAUUCCAAAAUUAGAUUCGUAAGAUAAGACGUAGCAACGCUUAAAAUGUUUGUAAAUAAUAUUUAAAAAAAUGUAGUGAUUUGUGUAAUUCCGCCCCAAAAAAAAAACAUUUAUACACUAUAUAAAAUAAACGUUAUGUUUAAUAGUCGUAAGUCGAAAUUAAGUUGUACUAAAUUCUAUGUGUGUUGGCAGAAUAGUGACAUUGCGUUGUUGACCCAUUCAUUUCGCCCUCCUAAACACUAAAAAUAGAUUUAUUAUAUAUUAUAUGAAUUUAAAAACGUGUGUUAACCACAUAAGAGGAUGCUUUAAUUAAAAUAAGAUAGAUUAAGGGGACAUAGCGAAUAUCAUUUCAAUUUCAUUUAAUCAGAGUAGUGCCGAUAUUUGUUUAAUUUUAAAUUUGAUUAAUUAAAAAAAAAAAAAAAAAUUUUUAUUUGAUUAAUUUCAUUGGGGCAUGAAAUGACAGGGUAAAUGGUAUUAAUUGUUCACGAUAAUAUUUUUUCAAAUCUCAAAUAUCGAUUGGCAAAUACCAAUGUCUUACUAUAAUACAAUAUAUGAAAAAGUUAAAUUAACCCCUAUUUAACUUUUUCAUUGGUUCGAGGCCUACUUUUUUGGAGUUGUAAUGAUUUUCCUAUACAAAUAAGUACAAGGAUAGCUUGUGACGUCAAGUUAUGUAUAUUUGCCUUUGAAACAGUGGGCUCAAAAUCAUAACUGCAUCAAGAUACAUGCAGAUAUAACUCGGAAUUCAGAAAAUAAUUGUUGUGAAGUUAUUUAUGAAGAAUAUAAUGAAGAUUGGUAUUUGUUAAAUCGAAUUUGUUUUAUUUCACUAUUAUAUGUCAUCUCUUAAAAAUAAUUAUGACAAAAACUGAAUCUUAUCUAUCAUUUUAUGUCUACAAUUAUCGAAACUAUUAUUUUAAUAUUUUAAAAAAAUAUGUAUACACUUUUGGAUUCAAUUGAUCUUGAAAAAUGUCUUUUAACACAAAGAGUAAAAGUCUAAAUUGCAUACAAAAUGGCAAAAUGGCAUUGCAAUAAUUAUUUUUUCUCCAAAAAUGACAAUAAUACCUCUUUAUACCUUUGAAAACCGUCAUUAUAACAAAAACCCCAUUUGUGCAGUUAAAUUAUUUGUCUGUUCGUUAAUUAAAAAAAAAAACUUGACACUUAAUUUAUCACAUGACAUUUUUUUUUCUAUUUUGAUAAAUGUGCCAAUUUUUUUAAAGAGCAAUGCAAGCAAUUUAUUUAUUUAUUAUAUUUGCAAGUUCCUCUUAUAACAUAGGGUUAAAAUGUAAGCAAAAUUUUAAGUUUUGUACGUUUCAACUGAUAUGAACUUGAAAUUUUUAUUUUAACGAAUAACGUUUGAUUGUCACUUCUAUAAAUUUGCUCAAUUUAGAAUUAUUAUUCUUUUUGAAUUUGAAGAAAAAUGUCUUCUCUUUAAUUUUUUUAAAUUAAAAAAAAAUGAGAUGUGGUUGUGACGUAAGUUUAGCUAUCGGGCGAAACGCGAAAAGAUGUUAAAGUUCCUUUAAAAUUGAAGCGAGUGACUCUGAAAUGUUAUUCUCAUAUUUUCUCAUAUUCUUAUAAAUGAUAAAAAGAAAUUUUGAGUAUUGAAUUUGAAACAACGAAAAUUAAAACAUAACGACACAAUUUUUUUUUAAAGUGCGAAAAUUAAGUUUGUCUGCAAAUACAAGAGCCCUUUUGUAUACCAAAGGUCUAGUGUGGUAUAUAUAUAUAUACCACAUAUAUAUAUAUAUAUAUAUAUAUAUAUAUAUAUAUAUAUAUAUAUAUAUAUAUACGCUACGUAAUGGAACGCACGUUUGUAUAUGAUACCUAAAAGUAAAAAUACGAAUCGCAUGUAAAAUUUAUAAAAUAACAAUAAAAGAAAAGUGUAAUUGAUAUUCAAGAAUAAAGUCAUUAAUAAUAAAUGUACAUUGAU